ACUUAGACUGACACACUCGAGCAGCAUCGUUCCUUCAAGAUUCCGUGGCUUACAAAUGCAUCUUAAGCGCUUAGAAUAGCGUUCCGCGGCCUUAAUUUUCACGUUGCGUCGCGAUAUUUUUUUUCGCUGUUGCGUCCGCGAUUUUUCCGCAUCGUAGCCUCCUGAUAGCACUCGGAUCGUAAGUGGCGAAUUUUUUUUUUCCCGGGGUCGUCCGGCUCAUCUCCGGAGCUUGAUGACCGCUGCUCCUAAAAUAAUUCUCUUACCACGUCGCGGUUACUCUGCCCCGUCGAUCUUUGCUCCCGCGCGAAACGGCUAGUGCGGCCCAGCUUCUCCUUCCGGACUAGUCUGAGCUUUAUCUCCCUCCCUACGCCGUCCUAACGGAUCUUCUCGCAGAUUCCGUCAUCCUUCAGCCUGCAAACACGUGGCAUGCAGUGAGUGGUCAUGCGGCCGUCGCCGGCACCGGCUGCAGGCGACCCGUCACCAUCUCGGCGAAGGGCGGCUGCGGCGGCCGCCGCCAAUAUAUCAUCCGGCGGCGACCCGUCGCCGCAACCCCCGGGGUCGGGAGAAAGUUCCCGCGGUGCGCGGCUGCAGUCGCGGCAGCAGUCGCGGCAGCAGCGUGACCAUGGCUCGCCGUCCACGAUAGAAGCCUCUCCGCGUGGAACGGCUGGCGGAGUUGUGGAUCUGACGGGCGCGGGGGGGACCACAGCUGCUGCGGGCGGCGCAGGCGCGGCUGUGUCCGCCUCCCCCACCUCCGCAGGAGGCACUGGGGGGGUGAAGGAGGUGGGAGAGAAGAAAGAAGGGAGAGAGGAGGAGAUACAGAAACAGGCAGAGAAAGAGAAAGAGAAAGAGAACGAGAAAGAGAAAGAGAAAGAGAAAGAGAAAGAGAAGAGCAAGACAGUUAAGCAGGAGGGCCGGGGAAAGGGAGAUGGUGUAGAGGAAGGGGAAAAGAAGGAAAUGAGGAGCGUUGAAGGCUUGAGCGCUCAAGACCUGCUGCUGAGGAAGCGAGGAGACGGCACCAGAAUUGCUGCUGCUGCUGCUGGUGAUGGUGGUGAUGGUGCUGUUGCUGCUGCUUCUGCUGCUGCUAUUGCUGCGGCUGGUGCUGGUGAUCUUGCUGUUGCUGCUGCUGCUGCUAUUGCUGCUGGUGCUAUUGCUGCUGGUGGUGGGGAUGAUGAUGUUGCUGCUGCUGCUGCGGCUGUGAUUGCUGCUGCUGCUGGUGAUGAUGAGCAUGCUGCUGCUGCUGCAGCUGCUAUGGCUGCGGCUGCUGCUGCUGGUGGUGGUGUUCGUGAUGUUGCUGGAAGCAGCCGAGGGCAGGAGGGCAAGACAGGAGCUGCCACUGCUGUGAGUGAAUCCAGGGAAGGAGUGGGUAUGGCACGCGCUGCUGCUGCUGGUUCUCCUGGUGCUGAUGGUUCUGCUGCUGCUGUCGCUGGUGGUGGUGGUGUGGAGGGUGUGUUGCGGCAGUUGCAGCUGUUGCGGCAGGAGAGAGAGCUUUCGCCUGUUGUGGAUGAGCUGGAAGACGAGGGGUUCUGGGAGCGCGAGGAUGAUGUGGUUGCUGUGGACGGGGAUGGGGAUGGUGGUGGUGGGCAUGGUGAUGGUGAUGGUGGUGGGGAUGGGGAUGGUGAUGCUGUGACGGAAGGAGGCUCGGAUGGAGAGAGUAUGGAGGUUGAGGACGUGGGUAAAGGGGACGAGGAUGAUGAUGAUGGCGACGAGGACGAGGAGGGAGAGGACGCAGAGGAGGAGGAAGAUGAAGAGGGGAGGGUGAUUGGAGCAGAGAGUCAGGAAGAGGAGGAGGAGGAGGAGGAUGAUGAGGAUAAGGAUGAGGAGGAAGAGGAAGAGGACGAAGAUGAAGAUGAGGAGGAUGAGGAAGAGGAAGACGAGGAAGACGUGCGUCCGCAGAGGGAGGAGACGGAGGAGGAGAGGCAGCAGCGCAUUGACCAAGAGGACUCGGUGCUUGCUAAGUACCUCCGAGUCAAGGAUGCACGAGAGCGGCGGCGCAAGGCGGGUAUAAACCGCCGGGUGCCGAAGCCACAGCAGGAGCCGGUGCAUGCGAAGGCGCACUGGGACGCGCUGCUGGACGAGAUGGCAUGGCUGGCUAAGGAUUUUGACAAGGAGCGGCGAUGGAAGGCGGGUCAGGCGAGGAAGACAGGCGCGCGUGUGUGCCGGGGGAGAAUGGACCUGGAGCUCCGGGGGGAGCGCAAACUCAAGGAGGAGGAGCAGCGCGUGCGGCGGGUGGCGAGCGGCAUAGCCAAGGAGGUGAAGCGGUUCUGGAUGAAGAUCGAGAAGCUGGUGGUGUACAAGCACGAGCUGCAGGUGGAGGAGAAGAAGAAGAAGGCCCUGGACAAACACCUGGACUUUCUCCUGGGGCAGACUGAGAGGUAUUCCUCGCUUCUAGCCGAGAACCUUGCUGCUGACAAAGAGGAGGACGAAGAGGGGUGGGAGGAGGAAGAGGACGCAGGGAUGGAUGAGGAGUUUAGAGAAGGGAGUGAUGAGGAGAUUGAGGAGCAGCGCAGACAGGAGGAGUACGAGAGGGAGAUGAUGCAGGAGGAAGCGGAGGUGGGCGCGGAGGAGAGGCAGGCGGAGCUGACAGCACUGGCGGCUGAGAUGGAUGAGCCGCUGGACGACAUCAUGGCCAAGUACCGGCAAGAUGUCAGUGGUCAGGCUGAUCAUCCCGACUCCCUUGGCCUCCGCGAUCUCUUCCUUCAAUAUCGCACUCGCAAGAUCUGCAAGGCGGAUGCAGUCGCGCCCAACUGUGUGCCGCCACGGGAUGACCCCGGGGUCGGCACAAAGGGGGUUGGCAGCUGCCAUCAUGCGGCGAAACUGUGGAGAAGGGCGGUGCAAGGAUACAGGACAGGGGCAUGGUAGCAUCCGUGAAAUUCGGGCGUCGCAUGUAUCCAUUGCCAUUGGGCACUUGGCCACACAAGAUGGUUUAAGUGCACGACACAUGACACAUCUGGCAUGGGCGAAGUGAUGUCGUCGGCGUAUGCCAGGCAGGGGACGCGGGGAAACGCUUGGGCGGUCUCUCGCAGGGCGGGAUGCAUGGCGGCGGCAAAGAGCAGAGGUCCCAUGGGGUCCCCUUGCCUGACGCCGCGGGCGCUGAGGAGGGGCUGGCUGUCAAAGCCCGCGUCCAAGAAAAGAGUGGAGGGGGC